UCCGCCUCUCGAUUUGUGCGUCUCCUUCGUGAGAAUUUCUCCUCCCUCCGUUCUGACCUAUGUUUAGCCCCCCAUCCGCGGCCAUGAGCUCGUCUUCCCCUGCCUCCUCCUUAUCAUCCCUCUCUUCUACGGAGAGGGGGAGAGAUAGGGAAAGACAAGAAUAAAAAAAACAGAGGAGGGGGGUUUCGGUAUCCCUCCUAAGCUCCUAAUCUCUUCUUCUAUUUUCCUUUCGGGCAGAGGAGUAUAUCAGACUAUUACUCCUCUUCUUGCCUGCAAUGGCCAUGGAAGGAGAGAAGCGGAGGUACAUCACCUCCAAGGAGCUCCGGGGUCACAACAACCCGACCGACCUCUGGAUCUCGAUCCAAGGAAAGGUCUACGACGUGACCGGGUGGGUCAAGGACCACCCCGGGGGCGACAUCCCCCUCCUCAACCUCGCCGGCCAGGACGUCACCGACGCCUUCGUCGCCUUCCACCCCGCCACCACCUGGGCCCUCCUCGACCGCUUCUUCGUCGGGUACCUCGCCGACUACCGCGUCUCCGCCGUCUCCAAGGACUACCGCCGCCUCGUCGCCGAGUUCGCUCGCCUCGGCCUCUUCGACAAGAAGGGCCACGGCGUCCUCUACUCCCUCAUCUUCAUGUUCAUCCUCUUCCUCGUCUCCGUCUCCGGCGUCGUCUUCUCCACCAACACCUUCGUCCAUCUCAUGAGCGGCUUGCUCAUGGGCCUCCUCUGGAUCCAGUCCGGCUUCCUCGGCCACGACUCCGGCCACUACAACGUCAUGACCACCCCCGGCAUCAACCGGCUGAUGCAGAUCCUCUCCGGCAAUUGCCUCACCGGGAUAAGCAUCGGCUGGUGGAAGAGGAACCACAACGCCCACCACAUCGCCUGCAACAGCCUGGAGUUCGACCCCGACGUCCAGCACAUCCCUCUCUUCGCCGUCUCCUCCAAGUUCUUCAACUCCUUGACCUCCUACUUCUACGAGAGGAAGCUCGCCUUCAAUUCUUUCGCCCGGUUCUUGGUGAGCUACCAGCACUGGACCUUCUACCCAGUCAUGUGCGUCGCCAGGGUAAAUCUCUUCGCGCAGUCGGCGAUCCUCCUGCUUUCCAACAAGAAGGUCCCUGGCCGAUGGCAGGAGACGGUGGGGUGCGUCGUUUUCUGGAUUUGGUAUCCUCUGCUCGUCUCCACGCUGCCCAACUGGACCGAGAGGGUGAUGUUUGUCGCGGCGAACUUUGCGGUCACCGGAAUCCAGCACGUUCAGUUCUGUUUGAACCACUUCUCGGCGAGCGUCUACGUCGGGCCGCCACGUGCCAAUGAUUGGUUCGAGAAGCAGACGAUGGGGACGCUCGACAUCUUGUGUCAUCCCUGGAUGGAUUGGUUCCAUGGGGGUUUGCAGUUCCAGGUGGAGCACCACUUGUUCCCCCGCCUGCCGAGGUGCCACCUCCGGAGGAUCUCUCCGUACGUGAAGGAGCUCUGCAAGAAGCAUGGCUUGCCAUACACGGCUGCAUCGUUCUGGGAUGCGAAUGUGAAAACGAUUGGGACUCUGAGGACUGCGGCAUUGCAAGCUCGGGACCUGGCGAAGCCGGUGCCCAGGAAUUUGGUCUGGGAGGCUGUGAACACCCAUGGCUGAGUCUUCGGAGGGUUGUUCUUCUGGCGCAGUUCAACUUGCCAUUCUUUCCCACUGUUCUGAAAAAGAAAAGCACCAAAGUUCUCUGCCAACAUGGGUGGGAUUUGCCGUGUGAGCUCACGAUUUUAUAGGGUUGGGAAAGUGAAAUAUUGUUGCAUUUACCUCUGCUUUUGUCAUUUUUGGUAGCACUGCAUAAUUAUGUUCUCGCAUCACAGGACAAGACCAAGGAAUAAUUCAAAAGGACAAUUUUGCAGAUU